AUGUCGCGUGUCCACUACAAGUUCUCCUCCAAACUGAACAAUGAUACGGUCACCUUUAGCGGCCUCCACAUCUCCCUGAGCGAUCUCAAGGGCCAGAUCAUGGGCCAUGAGAAGCUGAAGGCGGCCAACUGUGACCUACAGAUCACCAGUGCCGAGACCAAAGAAG